GCCACGUAUUAGAGCUAUAGUGUUCGAUCAGAUUUGAUCUAGCCAAAAUUUAAAUCCGAGAGAAAAUUCUACAAAUAAUAAAAACCUAUGUAUUUUAACAUUAAUUUUAUAAAAUAUGAGAAAAUUAGAAUUUAACUACAGUGUUUAAAUUUAUUGCCAAUUAAGCUUUAUUAUUUUCUUUUAGGCUAAUUAAGCUUUUAUUGUUUGAGUUGGACUUUGGGCUCUCACUCAGUGUCUCGCAGUCGCAGCUACCCGUCUUCCCCAAUUCCCAAUUGGGUUUUCCGUUCUCUCUCCUCAGCCCUAAUCUCCUUCUCCCUAAUUUCUCUCGCGUCUCCACGUCCUGCCGCCGUCCCGCACCAGACUUCUCUCUCGCAGUCUCGCCUCCCCUCUCCAUCUCGUCGGCGGUCGCGAGUCGCGACCCAUUGGUUGUGAAUCGAGGUCCCGAAAAUCAGCGGACACUCCUCAACCUUCACCUGCACCAACGAAGCUCGACGUCGGAGACUCCUUUCUGGGGGGCCUGCUCUGCAGCUGUAGUAAAGAUGGAGGGGUGUAGUGCAGAGUCCACACAAGAAGAUGCUCCAGUCUCACAGGCUCAGCCUGAAGAAAUGGAGAGAAAAGUUCGAGUAGAUGCUGUAUGGCAGCAAAUGAGCAAAGGUGUGCCUUCAAAAACUCUUAAAAGCAUCCUGGGGAACCGGAGUCCGAAGACAAACAAGUCUACUCGAGGAAGUCCUGUGCAGAAGUCAUCAACAGGUUGGAUGACUUAUCUUGGUUUGGGAUCAACUAAGACACCACCUCCUGUACAAGGGGUGUUGGGAAAGCGUGCUGGCACAAGUGAGAAUGGUUCCAGUGAGGAAGGCAAAAAACUUGCUGCUGCCGCUCUUUCAGCUGUUAAGGAUGCUGCUGCUGCUUUGGCAACUACAGGAAGAGGAAAAGUCGAGGUUACUGAAGUUCGAGACUUUGCUGGUGAGGAAAUUGAAGUAAGGAAACUAGUUGAUGCUGCCUCGAAAGAGGCAGUUGAGAAAGGGAAAGGUGUAGCAGGCACCGUAUCAGCCGUUGAUGCUGUUCUAGAACAGAUAAAAAAGAAACCUAAACUCAGUGUGCUUGACAAGACAAAGAUGGACUGGGGCGAAUUCAAGGAAGAAAAUAAAGGCAUGGAAGAUGAACUUGACGCAUACAAGAAAAGUUCGAAUCAGUAUCUGGACAAAGUUUCUUUCUUGCAGCGUGCUGAUUACCGAGAAUUCGAGCGAGAAAGAGACGUCCGGCUUGCAUCGCAGGCCAGGCGAAAGACUGAUAUGAGAGACGACUGAUCAAACUACUUUGGCUCGAACAGCCUUACUGAUCUGUCAAAAUCUCAAAAAUCAAACGGAGGCCUUAAUCUGCGUAUGAGUGUUGGUUUGCCUCGGGUUCUAAACAACUCUAUCAUCUUCACCUACAGAAACCUCGAUUCCAGGUUUGGUUGCCUAUUUUUUUGUUUUGUUUUGCAGCCUGGGUUUGAGUCCUCGAAAAGUUGGCUUUCUCGUUUGAGUUUCAGCAUCAGCUGCAUUUUUUCAAGAUGUGUGAGAUGCCACAAUUUCGGAGCAUACGAAUGGAAGUUGCAUCAAAUAUUUCAACAGCGAAUGAAUUCUUGUUAGAAAUGUAUGAAAGAGCAACCAUUCUUGUCAUUGUUUCUCUUAUAUUAUGCUACUAAUGCAAAAUUAUUGAGCUCAGGAGUUUGUGUUAUGUUAACACUGAAUGGAAUUGAAUUGGAAUUGGUUAUGUAAUAAUUGGUCAAUUUAUGGUGCUCAAA